AUGCCCACAGCCACUUCCGCACCUGAGGAACCCAAGGCGCCUGAGUCUCGACCCAUGAGCCGUCUUGAAAUAGGCCUCAUCGUGGGAGUCAGUGCUCUCUUCAUCACCUUGAUCUUUUUCAUCUUUCUCAUCCGAGCCCUGGACCAACGCCGUCGCAAAAAGCUGCUGAGGAGAAUGGCCGAGGAUGCCAGAAACCGUACUCCCGAAGAGGAGAUGUUGCGCCGCCGGCUGGCAUGGCUUCAAGUUGAGCGCAUCAUGCAAAGCCUGCGCUGCGUAUGGGUGGAUAAAGACAACAACGCAACCGACUCACCCCCCGAAGCCGUUGAAUUUCACCGGCGCAAGGGCCGUAUCCCGUGCCAGAAGCCGCACAUGCCGCAGUCGGAGCCACUGUCCAAGGAAGCGAACUAG